AUGGCUUCAAAUUCAGAUUCCGAAUCCCCACCUCCAACCGAUUCAUCUUCAUCGCAAUCACCGCCACCUCCACCGUCCGACGAUAGUUCCUCAUCGCCGCCACCGCCGUCCUCCCCAUCUCCCCCACCAUCAUCAUCUCCGCCGCCUUCAUCUCCGCCUUCAUCUCCGCCUCCAUCAUCGCCACCUCCGUCGUCACCUCCUCCGUCAUCACCGCCGCCACCAGAUGAUCAGAAAUCUCCACCCCCGCCAUCUGACUCUUCCCCAUCUCCACCACCGCCAUCGGACUCUUCCCCAUCUCCACCCAAUCACCCGCCGCCGCCGCCGCCACCUCCACCUCCGCCACGGUCAGAAGUGUUUUCUCCUCCUCCGCCGCCACGUCAUCGAUUGUCUCCACCAAGGUCAUCACAGUCAAGUAACUCUGAUACACCUGAGGACAGUGGGAGCGGAAUGAGCAUGUCCGCUAUAAUAGGAGUUGCAGCUGGAGCUGGGUUAUUGCUCCUUGUCAUUAUACUAAUCAUCGUUGCAUGUUCAAGAAGGAAGAAGAAAUCACAGCCUCCUAUACGUUACUUCGCUAACCAAGCUGCUGGCGCUCCAAAUCAGUAUGGGUACAAUAACGGUGAACUUGUUCUUAAUAUUCCUCCACCGCCAGGUGCAGGUUGGGGAGCACAUGCAGCUGCUCCACCCCUACCUCCUCAGCGGGUGAGUAGUGACUUGAGCAACUCGAGUUUCUCCGGCUCCCAUGGUCCGGUGUUGCCACCCCCACACCCUACGGUGGCCCUUGGAUUCAAUCAGAGCUCCUUCACGUUUGAAGAGCUAUCAGCUGCCACUGGUGGGUUUUCCCAACGCAACCUACUUGGUCAAGGUGGAUUCGGAUAUGUACACAAAGGUGUUCUACCCAAUGGGAAGGAGAUAGCGGUGAAGAGCCUCAAAUCCACUGGGGGCCAAGGAGACAGAGAAUUCCAAGUAGAGGUUGAUAUUAUAAGCCGUGUCCAUCAUCGCUAUCUUGUGUCACUUGUUGGGUAUUGCAUUUCAGACAGCAAAAAGCUUCUGGUGUAUGAAUUUGUGCCUAACAAAACCCUUCAAUACCACCUCCAUGGAAAGGAUCGACCUGUCAUGGAUUGGGGCACCAGGCUCAAAAUUGCAAUUGGAUCAGCCAAAGGACUUGCUUACUUGCAUGAGGAUUGUCACCCUCGCAUCAUUCACCGAGACAUAAAGGGUGCAAACAUACUACUCGAAGACAACUUCGAAGCCAAAGUGGCAGAUUUUGGAUUGGCAAAGUUUAAUCAAGACACCAACACUCAUGUUUCUACUCGCGUGAUGGGAACAUUUGGGUAUUUGGCUCCUGAGUAUGCAUCAAGUGGUAAGCUAACUGAUAAGUCUGAUGUCUUCUCGUUCGGUAUUAUGCUUUUGGAGCUAAUAACAGGACGACCCCCAGUGGCCAACACCGGUGAUUAUGAAGAGGAUAGUUUGGUUGACUGGGCUAGACCACUUUGUACGAAGGCAAUGGAAAAUGGAACCUUUGACGGAGUGGUUGAUCCACGUUUAGAGGACAAUUAUGACAAGCAGGAAUUGGCACGUAUGGUGUCUUGUGCUGCUGCUAGCGUUAGGCACUCAGCAAGGAGACGCCCAAAAAUGAGCCAGAUUGUAAGAGUACUGGAGGGUGAUGUCUCACUAGAUGUCCUUAAUCAAGAUGGAGUGAAACCUGGCCAAAGUGCACAGUUCGGCACCACAAGCGGUGAAUAUGCUGCUGGCGCAUAUAGUGCUGACAUGAAAAGGUUCAGGAAAAUAGCAUUUGAUAGCGGCAAUGGAAGCAGUGAGUACGGAGGAACAACAAGUGAGUAUGGACUAAACCCUUCCACCUCAAGCAGUGAUCGAUCAUCUAUUGAAUAUGGCAGCAGGAAGACAGGAAGCGCCCAGAUGCACACUCCUUGA